UCGCUAGGGUGGCGCUGGGCGGGCGCGGGCGCUCGGGUAUCUGCGGCCACUAGGCUUCCUGCCCCCCGCCUCGCGGCCGCCCGUCGCUUAGCACAGGGCUGUAUGGUUGCAUCGGGCAAGGUGGCUCCAGGAUGUUAGGAACUGUGAAGAUGGAAGGGCAUGAGAGCAGCGACUGGAACAGCUACUACGCGGACACACAGGAGGCCUACUCCUCAGUCCCGGUCAGCAACAUGAACUCGGGCCUGGGCUCCAUGAAUUCCAUGAACACCUACAUGACCAUGAACACCAUGACCACGAGCGGCAACAUGACCCCAGCUUCAUUCAAUAUGUCCUACGCAAACCCAGGUCUGGGCGCUGGCCUGAGCCCUGGCACGGUGGCUGGCAUGCCUGGGGGCUCCUCGGGGACCAUGAACAGCAUGACAGCGGCAGGUGUGACGGCCAUGGGGACUACACUGAGCCCUGGAGGCAUGGGCGCCAUGGGCGCGCAACCUGCAGCCUCCAUGAACGGUCUGGGCCCCUAUGCCGCAGCCAUGAACCCCUGCAUGAGCCCCAUGGCGUAUGCGCCGUCCAACCUGGGCCGCAGCCGGGCUGGGGGUAGCGGCGAUGCCAAGACUUUCAAGCGCAGCUACCCGCAUGCCAAGCCUCCCUAUUCGUACAUCUCGCUUAUCACCAUGGCCAUCCAGCAGGCCCCCAGCAAGAUGCUCACGCUGAGUGAGAUCUACCAGUGGAUCAUGGACCUCUUUCCCUAUUACCGGCAGAACCAGCAGCGCUGGCAGAACUCCAUCCGCCACUCGCUCUCCUUCAACGACUGCUUCGUCAAAGUGGCGCGCUCCCCGGACAAGCCUGGCAAGGGCUCCUACUGGACGCUGCACCCGGACUCUGGCAACAUGUUUGAAAACGGCUGUUACUUGCGCCGCCAGAAGCGCUUCAAGUGCGAGAAGCAGCCAGGGGCGGGGGGCGGGAGCGGGGGCAGUGGUGGUACCAAGGGUGGUCCUGAGAGCCGAAAGGACCCCUCCGCUGCCGCCAACAGCAGCGGCGACUCACCCCUACAUCGGGGUGUUCACAGUAAGGCCGGCCAGCUAGAGGGCGCACCGGCCCCAGGGCCCGCCUCCAGCCCCCAGACUCUGGACCACAGCGGGGCAACAGCGACAGGGGGCGCCUCGGAGUUGAAGACUCCAGCCUCUUCAGCUGCACCCCCAAUCAGCUCCGGUCCUGGGGCUCUGGUAUCUGUGCCCCCAUCCCACCCAGUGCAUGGUCUGGCACCACACGAGUCCCAGCUGCACCUGAAAGGGGACCCCCACUACUCCUUUAACCACCCCUUCUCCAUCAACAACCUCAUGUCCUCGGAUCAGCAGCACAAGCUGGACUUCAAGGCAUACGAGCAGGCGCUACAGUACUCACCCUACAGCGCUGCAUUGCCUGCCAGCCUGCCGCUGGGCAGCGCCUCGGUGGCCACCAGGAGCCCCAUCGAGCCCUCAGCCUUGGAGCCGGCCUACUACCAAGGUGUGUAUUCCAGACCUGUCCUAAACACUUCCUAGCUCUCCUAGACUAGGGGUUUGUUUGUGACCAUGAUGGUAGGGGGAGAGGGGAAAAAACAGCAAAUAAAAUCACACAUACCAAGCCGACAACAGCGUAAUAAAAUACCAACUAUUUUUAUUUCUUUGUGUGUGUGUGCACAAUCUUAUUCCCAGUGCAAAGGACUGUUACUUGGUUGUUAUUCAAAUGCCUUGUGUAUAUUAUUAGGAAGAAAACCAACCCCAAACCAACAGAAUUUUUCCCUGCAAAGUUUAAUGAUCCACAAGUGUAUAUAUAAAAUCUUCCCACUUCCUUUAUCUCUCUCCCUUUCUUUCCUCUUUCCCCUCCAGACACAUUCUAGUGUGUGCAGGUUUUAUUUAAAAAAGGAAAGAUGGUCAAGCUUGUAAAAUAUUUGUUUGUACUUUUCCCCCCUCCUCCCCUGCUCCCCCACCACACACAAGUUUACAGGUCUAUGGCAAUACUCUUAACCAUAAGAACUGAAAGGGCGAAGAAACAAGUAGACACUAUGGGCAAGUUAAAAGUAUUGAAGGACAAUACUGCUAUUAUGCAGCAAAACAGAAAUAGAUUAUAAACAUCAGAGCCAUUUGUUUUUCAGCUUACAUUUCCGAUACAUUCAGAUAGCAGAUGUCUUAAAAUGAAAUACUUAAAAUGAAAUACAUAUGUAUUAUGUACUGACUUAUUUAUGCACACGCUCAGAUAUGUAGACAUCCUCCAUAUAUUUACAUAACACAUAGAGGUGGCAGGUGGUCUACAUGCUACAUUUUCCAGAGUUGCCUGACCAAGAAGUUACAAAGAUACCCACUCCUUGUCCUCUCUACCCACAGAUAGCCCUGGGAAUCAAUUCCUCAAGAAUUGUCCUUUUCUAACUCUGCUCCUUGCUUUGCAGAGUGCCAUAGUCAUGUCAUUCUGAGGUCACAUAACAUGUAUAAAAUUAGCUUCUAUGUAUCUAUACCAUUUAAAGAAUAUUUUUCUCCAGAAAAAGAAAGGGAAUAUUACAAUGUUGGAGGAGAGAUGUUAUAGGGGGCCGUAUUUCAAAAUUUGGUUCAAGAUUCCAAAAUCCAAUUGAUUGUGGGAAUUUUAAUUAUUGUCAUCGUGUGCUUGUUCAUUCAGUGUUAAUGCACUUUUCACAGUUGGACAUGGUGUUAGUAUAGUCAGACGGGUUUCAUUAUUAUUUCUCUUUGCUUUCUCAAUGUUAAUUUAUUGCAUGGUUUAUUCUUUUUUUCUUUACAGUUGAAAUUGCUUUAAAUGAUGGUUAAAAAUACAAAUUAAAAUGUUAAUUUUUAUCAAUGUGAUUGUAAUUAAAAUAUUUUGAUUUACGUAAAGAAAAUAAUAAAUUUUAAGCCGUGGAAUAUGUUCUUGAUCAUUUGCAGUUAAGGACUUUAAAUAAAUCAAAUGUUAACAA